CUAAAGUUGAUCAUCAUAAUCAGAGUUGCAUUUCCACCAUUGAAAACCAUUAAAAGAAAAGAAAAAAACAAAAAACAAAAACAAAAGGGAGAGAAGAAGAAGAAGAAAGGUUCUCGGCCACUCUCUCUCUCCCCCCUUCCAAAGCUAUCUCACUUUCUCUCCCUGAAAGUUCCCACAGUUUCUUAGAAUCUUAUCGAAUUCAGAUUGUAAUUGAUAGAUUUGUGACCUGAAGUGAGAACUGAGAUUUUGGAGUGCAAGCCAUAAAGUUUACAGGAUUAUACAUAGCACUAAAAGGUUGUCUCUUUGUUUCGUAUGAACGUAUCGGUAUAGCUUGGAGCUUCUAAGUAUGACAAGUGGACCUGUAAGACGAGUUUCACGUCAAGAUAUACAAUUGACUGAGCUCCAGGUACAGAAUCUUAUUGAACGAUGUCUGCAACUGUAUAUGAACCAAAAGGAAGUUGUAGAUACUCUAUUGGAUCAGGCAAAAAUAGAGCCUGAUUUCACAUCACUGGUUUGGCAGAAGCUUGAAGAAGAGAAUCAGGAUUUUUUCAAGGCUUACUACUUGAGAUUAAUGUUGAAGCACCAAAUUCUGGAAUUUAACAGGUUGCUUCAGCAACAGGCACAAUUGAUGCAUCAAAUGCACCCAAGUGGUGUUUCUCCACUGCCCACAUCUAAUGGUGCCCACAUUUCAUCAUUGCACGAGAACUCAGCAUGCUAUCCCCAAGAGCACAUAGGACCAGCACUGAAGCCAGAAAAUAUGCACCAUGCAGUUGGUUCUUGUUUGUCCAAUGCAUUUACCAAUGGUGGGUCUUCAGUGCACCCGGUUAUGCACAAUGCUGUUGAUAUGUCUGCUCAUGCUGGUAGGAUUGAUGCUCCACAAAAUAUGAUUUCAACACAGAACUCUAACAUGGGACUGUUGCAAGGAAUAAAUGGUGGGAUGGUCAAAUCUGAAGUUGGCAGGAUGAUCAAAUCAGAAGUUGGUGUCAUCAAGUCAGAAAUGGGAUACUCAAGCACUUCCCCGUAUAUAUUCGGUGCUGAUAGCAAUGUCAUGGAGUCGCGGCCAAAUAUUGGAGAUGCAUCUGUUGCUUCUUUCAGUAGUGUAGAUCCUAACCCGCAAGCCCUGAAUGAUUCUCUUCUUGAUGUAGACACUUCUUCAUAUGGAUUUUUAAGUCAAAUUCCUCGAAGUUUCAGUCUAUCAGAUCUGACCACUCAUUUUUCUCAGAGUUCAGAUAUACUGGAGAGCUAUUCUAGGUCACCUUACCUGGUACCAGAUGCUGAAGACUUCCUGGAUUCUCGUGAAAGAGAUAAUCAAGGAGACAAUAAAAAACUGCAAUCCAAUUCCUUAUCUAAUAUCUCAUACCAUUUCUUACCCUUACAGGAGACAAUAAAAGAUUGGACACCAUAUCAGAAGGAUUAAGUUAUGACGAUUUUGGCAGUGACUAGUUUAUAAAGUUACAGAUUUACUAACUUGGCCUCGGCUGGUGGUUUUGGUUCUGCAGCUCUAAUUUGACAGCGGGGAUUGGGUGGGUGUACAUAACACAUUAUGGAGUUUGGAUGUCUAAGCAUUAAACUAUUUUGAAGGUAAUGGUGGUUGACGUAGUGAUGAGAACUGACAUUAGAAUGGUUCUCAAGAGAACGGAGAACAAAGGACAAGGCUUUUCCAAAGGCUUUUGUAACCAUGGAUUACAUGGACUUUAUGCUGCCUGCUGUAUUUGAUAAUUAUGGCGUGUUGGUUAUUUGUAUCCACAGCAAAUUUGGUCUUUUGUUGGAUGAUGAUGAUAUUUUGUGCCAUAUUUUAAAACUAAAAAAAAAAGAAUAAAACUAUCUUAGAUUAUUAUGUCUUCCUAGCGUCUGAGGUUAUGACAAUCGGUGGAUAAAUCUGUAACGGUUGAUCUUGUGGAUAUGUCUUCAGGUGAUCAGAAUCAGGAUAUGAUGUUUUGGAAUGUUUUAUUUGUAUAUAUAUUUUUAAGCUUCAUUUCCAUAA